AGGGAUGAAAACAACGGCUAUCGUGCGACCAUACAGGCAUAGGAUUCUCGCUGCUCUCUAUCAAAAUGAUAGGAAUGCAAUGUUGCUUCCAAAAAUAAUAUAACCUUUAGCUUCCAGUCUGUUCUCAUACGUUGUUGCAGUUCCUCAUUGCGAUAGUAACAGUUAAACUGUCGGACCAUUUCGGAAAUAGCAUUGUGAAGGUGAAGUGAAGGUAAUGCCGUUCAUUGCGUCACGUUCAUCCCUGAUCUCUGGACCCGUGUGUUUUGAUAACUUAGUCGAUAUAACGGAUGAAGCGCUGCCAGAUUUUCCAAUUCAGAGGAUGGAGCUGUUACGGAGGGCUGCGAGGCAGACAAAGCUACUUGUGCGAAAAAGGAGAAAAUCUAUUUCAGAAGAAAAAGGACUUUUCCCUAACAUUUCAUCACAAACAUCGGUUAUGUCGCCUGAGCGAUCUCUUCUGAACAUCCAAGUUCCAAGAUCCCGGAGUCUUGAUGUUGGGGCGCUCACGCCUAUAUCAUUGCCACUUUACGACACAACGUCCAAAGUUACAAGCUCAUCUGUGAAAAGACUAUCCCUCGAGGGUCAAAACCUGUCCAAAAGAGGCUUGCUGUUUCCCUUUAACUUAUCGAAGGAACGAAACAUGUCAGUGGAGUCCUUCAGUUCAGACGAGACUUGCGAUACACAAACAAGUGGUGACUUCAGCGACAGAUUCCACGUUGUUCUCUAUAAUAAGUUUGGUACACAGAGAGAUGACGCGGCUGGCAUACUUGACGCUAAAUCAGUUUCUCAUGUCUACAGCGGAGCCGUGCUGGUGACAGAUAUGCUUGACAGUAAAGUUGUCUUAUAUGAACGCAGCGGUAAAGCCAAACGGACUUAUAUGACAAGAGAGUGUACGGAGCCGUGGGGAGCGACCAUGACCCCUGAAGGUCAAGUGGCCGUGUCGUUCCGACGUCAACGUUGUGUGGCAGUGUGGCCAAAUGACGGACAGACUAUUGUAGAGGUGGGACAUGGGCUACUCAAAUGUCCAGCUGGUGUCGCCGUGGACAAAACUGGGAGGAUAUUUGUUGCGGACGAGGAAGCAGAUGACGUGCUGGUUUUUGAUCAGACAGGAAAAAGUCUGUUUAAAUUAUCAGAUUUACAGGAAACGUGUUUCAAACAGCCAAGAUAUGUCUGCUGUUCAAUUUCUGGACGUAUCAUUGUUUCAGAUUCGGGAAACCAUUGUAUAAAAGUGUUUAAUCAAAGCGGAGAAUUUCUAUUCAAAUUUGGAUGUUAUGGGAGGGGAAAUGGACAGUUUAAAUUCCCAUAUGGAGUCUGUGCGGACCAGCAUGACAAUAUCUUUGUUGCUGAUCAUUACAACGAUCGCGUUGUUAUGUUUUCUUCCAAAGGUGGCUUUGUUCAAGAUUUGGUGACGUCAGAUUCUGGACUUCGGAAUCCUGCUGGACUUUCAGUUCGAUGUGCGCAUAACCGGAAGUUGUACAUUACACAUGGUGAACUGAGAGCCUCGGAGGUAAUUGUGUUUAAGCUCAUUCCGGAGGAGAGUGACGUCAGUAUUAAUGUUAAAUAUUAUGUGUGACGGCUUAUAUGACGUUAGUACUCAUUGCUUCAUCAUAAAUCAAUAAAUAUGUCAUGUAAUUUAAUAAAGAAGGAAUACGCAUGAA